AUGGCUGCCAAGGGCCUGGGGCUGAGGCCCAGCUCGGCCAAGCCUGGGCUGCCACGUGUCCAGGCCCAGGACGGGGCCUCUGCACUCAGUAUACGCUGUCGUGCACUAGCAAAGUUGGCGAGGAGUGAGCAUGUCUGGACGACUGUUUGGGAUCAUGUUUUAGAUUACUGGAAAGCAAGCUUGGACAAGUCCCGAAAAGUACUUUUUCUGAAGUAUGAACAAAUGACACAAGAACCAGCAUUUUACCUGAAACUUCUUGCCCAGUUCUUGGGUUGUCCAAUUUCUCAGGAGGAAGAGACAGCAGGAGCGGUUGAUGAGAUUUUAGGGCUCUGUAGUUUUGAUCACUUGAGAAAUUUGGAGGUGAACAAGAGCGAGACCUGGUGGAUUCUUAGGAAUCAGGUAUUUUUUCGUAACGGUAAGGUUGGAGAUUGGAAAAAUUAUCUUACAAGUGAGAUGGCAGAGCGGCUAGAGCAGAUCACUGCACAGAAAUUCCAUGGAUCCGGAUUGGAUCUAUAA